GCUUGAGUAUUGCCGUGCGAGUAUUAUUGUUUUGACUCUUGUCUUGCUGACGCCAUUCCCGCCACAUCUAGUUGAGCCUCGAGGAGCAAGUUGGGUUGAAAUGGUCUUACGACUCAAGAGACUGACACAACGUAUAGAUAUACUCGACCCUCUUUUUUUCUGUUCGCCGAUCAAUUUUCUCCAUUCUCGAUUUCUGGCAUAUAGUUAUCUCCGACUUCUUGGAAUAUUUCUAUAAGUCCUAACCCCAAAUGGUUGGUUAAUAGCAGAACUCAUGAAGGCCUUCCUAUCCACGAUCGCCAGUGUGGCAACCCUAUUAUCAGUGCGAUUGGUUGAUGGAGCUCCUCAAGCAGCAAGGUGGUCGAAUCAAACCUUAGGCCCAGAUGGACCUUGGAAUGCGGUUGCGGUAACGUUGGGUAACGGUCAGGAUGUCACGAUAUACGCCGGAAAGAUGUGGGAGUCGUACUUUCUCAGUGAAGCUUAUUGCGGAAAUACUUCAGUCGAAGGCCAGCCAUGCUAUGCGCAGCAAGUUGGCGCUAUAUAUGACGAAUCAAAAGGCACCGGGUAUAAACCCAACAUCUCUAUCCAAUCAGGGCCCUAUUUUACGUCUGAUAUGACCGGUGUUGGAAGUAAUGGGACGCGAUACGCCGAUGUUAUUCACCUGGGCACCGAUGCGAGCUCGUGGGCUACUACCGACAAAGUCGAAAAUUUCGACAUGGUCCUCAUGAAUGAUACCGAACUUCAAUAUCCCAACGGCAAUAAAUACCCAUUAUUCGCGGGUUGUCUUAGUUUCGGAGCGGCACCUAAUGUGAUGAACCAGACAUUCCAAGUUAAACCGGGGCAAGCAUCAAGUGCUAUCAACGCUAGCUUGUUAGCCGGAACACUGUAUACACAGAACUCUAUCGACUCUCAGACUUUCGGGAUGCACAUUGGAUCUGCUGCCCCUGAGAAGAUUCCAGGGUCACUCUGGUUUGGGGGGUACGAUCGAAACCGAGCCGUAAACGAAAUGCUAGCUAUUCCUAUAGCUGACCCCUAUCUCGUAUUCUCAGGGGCUCCUCUUCAAGACAUCUCCAUAGACGUCGUCAAGGGAGGUUCGCCCUUCCCCUGGAAUUCCAAGGGGGGACUACUUGCGUCAGGGAACUCUUCGAUAGGUAAUCGGAUCAACCUCGAUAUCAACCCAUGCUCUCCCUACCUCAACCUUCCGAAAAGUACAUGCGAUGCCAUCGCCGCCGAGAUUCCAGUUAAUUACGAUGAAGGCCUAGGUAUAUAUCUUUGGAACACGACAUCCCCAGACUAUUCUCGUAUUGUCCGAUCGCCCUCCAUCCUUUCUUUUACGUUCGCGGACACGAAUGACAAUUCACGAAGUGUUAAUAUUUCGGUGCCUUUCAUGCAUCUUAACCUAACACUCGACCAGCCGCUCGUCGAUAAGCCAACCCCUUACUUCCCAUGCAACGCAGCAUCAAACGGAUACUACGCUUUAGGGCGUGCUUUUCUACAAGAUGCAUUUUUCGGGGCGAACCUCAAAACGGCAAUCUAUUUUAUGUCGCAAGCUCCUGGACCAAAUCUCAAUGGUCAAAGCGUAACGAUUAUGGACGAUGAGUGUCGCACGCUUCAGACAAGUGCUAACGAUUGGGCUACGUCCUGGGAUGGGCAUUGGACGCCUCUACCAGAACCCGACAGCCCAACUUCAAGUGGUGGUACAAGCACCGCCACCAUUGCGGGCGCAUCCGUAGGAGGAGUAGUUGGGUUUUCGCUACUCGCUUUUGCAAGCUUCCUCAUACUCAGGUAUCGGAAAUACGGCAAAGGCAUUUCAUUGUGUGGUAUUCCCUUGGUCAAUGACAAACCAGCUGCUUACUACGGCGCGAAUACGACGGAGUCACCAAAUACUAAAUCACCAAUCGAGUAUUGGCAACAGCAACAACAGCCCGCAAUGGAACUACCGACGAACCACGGCAAUGCGUGGCAGCUACCAGCCACGGAUCGGGCUGUAGAAAUGGAAACGCCUCGCAUCGUAUAUGAGAUGCCUGACAACUACUCGGGUAAUAAUUAUCGCCCCUAGACUAAUGGUUAGUAUGGUACAUUGUGAUGGAAUACAUGAUUUUUUUGUGAUACCAGAAAAGGGGUUUUUUAAUAGCACAUAUACUAUUCCAUAGAAAAUUUGCAUUGGGGUUUACGCGUCAUGAAGUCAUGUACAUGAGUAGGAUAGCCACGUGCCGACCAAGAUAGAAGCUGGAGAGGAUAUCAAUC